UUUCAGAUCUCUACGGAUGUGUUCUACUUCCUUGAGCUGAACCCUCGUCUGCAAGUCGAGCAUCCGACGACUGAAAUGGUUUCCGGUGUCAAUUUGCCUGCUGCCCAACUACAGGUAGCCAUAGGUAUCAUCCUCCACAGGAUCCGUCAUAUCCGCACUCUUUACGGCCUUCAGCGCAAACCGCGUCCCAAAGGUCAUGUCGUUGCAGUUCGUAUCACUGCCGAGAACCCCGACACUGGAUUUAAACCUUCAUCUGGAUCUUUGCAAGAGCUUGACUUCCGAUCCAGUAUGAAUGUGGGGGGUUACUUCUCCUUCAGCACUGCGGGUGGUUUGCAUGAGUUCACCGGUUCUCAAUUUGGUCAUAUUUUCGCAUAUGGCGAGGAUCGAUCCGAGAGUAGGAAGAACAUGGUUGAAGGAGCUUAG